AUGCCGACUGAGCAACUCGCAACCACGCAGAACAUCAUCGUCGCCUCCCGAUUCAAGCUCCUCCGCUACCUCGGCGGUGGAGGCUACGGCGAAGUCUUCCUCGCGCAAGACCUUGAAACCACCACCUCCAUCGCCCUCAAACUCGAACCCCUCAGCACACGCAAUACCCUGGAGCACGAAAAUCUCAUCUACACCGCCAUCCGCGGCACCGGCAUCCCCAAAGUCUACCUCUACCACCCACGUAUCGACGACUACCGGCUCCUCGCGGUGGAGCUCCUCGGCCCGACACUCGAGGAUUUGUUCAACUACUGCAGCCGCGAGUUCUCGCUGAAGACGGUGCUGAUGCUCGCGGACCAGCUGCUAGUCCGCAUGCAGCACAUCCACACCGCCGGGUACAUCCACCAGGACAUCAAGCCGGAGAACCUGCUGAUGGGGCGCGGGCGCAAGGGGAGUACUCUGUACAUCAAUGAUUUCGGGCUCGCACGGCGCAAGGUCAUGGCGUCGAGGAAUGUGAGAUUUUGGCGUGGGAAGAUGGAGAAGAGUGUGGUAGGGACGUUUGUUUAUGCCAGUCGCGCGGCGCAUUUGAGGCAUUGUCAAACCUAUCGCGAUGACAUGGAAUGUGUCGGGUACACACUCGUCGAGUUCCUCAAGGGCAAGUUACCCUGGGAUCACCUGGAUCACUCGAAGCAUCGGCCCAUCGGCGAGGCGAAGCAGAAGAUCACGGUGGAGAAGCUUUGUGAGGGCUUGCCGGACGAGUUCCAGCGCUACUUCCACCAUAUCUAUAGCUUGCGGUACAAUGAGAUGCCCGAUUACGAGUGGCUGCGCGGCCUGUUCCGGAAGUUAUUCGCGAGGCGGCGGUAUGAAUGGGACUAUGUGUUUGAUUGGACGGAGAAGCGGUUCUAUGAGAUGAGGGCUGAAUUGGGUUGGGAGUGA